AUGGAGAGCAUUACGCAACUCUUUUCAGCAGCGCUGCCAUGGCUGCUGUUCCUUUUCGCUUCCAACGGGUUGUGUAACCAGAGAGUUCGUUGCCAGUGGGGGCCUUAUGGGGACUGGUCCGAGUGUGAUGGCUGCACCAAAUUACAGACAAGAAGCCGAGCUAUGGCUGUCUACGCUCAGUUUGGAGGGAACCCCUGUGAUGGGCAGCGGUCUGAGACCAGAGCCUGUGAACCCACACACGGCUGCCCUCUAGAGGAUGGAUGUGGAGACAGGUUUCGCUGUCGAUCGGGGAAGUGUAUUAGCCAGUCUCUGGUGUGUAACGGAGAUCAGGACUGUGAGGAAGACGGAGAUGACGAACGUGGCUGUGACAUUGAAAAACACAUUGUAUGUCUAAAGUCAGUUCCCCCGCCUAACAUUGAGCUCCUAGGACUCGGAUUUGAUGUGGUGUCAGGGAAGCGGAGGGCACUUGUCAUCAACACAAAGAGCUUUGGGGGACAGUGUCGCGUCAUCUACAGCGGUGUCCACAAUGCUCUCUACAGACUGCCCCUGAGUACCAUUCAGUACAGCUUCAUGGUUAAAGCUCAGAAUGACUUCAGCGAUGAGAUGUACGCCAGUAAAUGGCACUAUGCGAAGGACAUCGUCAACAGACAGAAAGUGACCGGGACCACGACAGGAUAUCACAACUAUGACUUUCACGAGACACAGGACCGGAACCAGACCCAAAAGCUAUUGGUUCUAAAGAAUGACAUUGAGGUAGCUCAGUUCCAGAGUAACUCUCAUCAGCACCUCCCGCUGUCUGAGGGGUUCUGGAAGGCUCUGGUUAAACUCCCAUCGGUCUACAACUUUGCUGCCUACAGGACGGUUUUACAGAGGUUUGGAACACACUACCUGUCAGAAGGAAGCCUAGGAGGCUCCUUCAAGGUCGUCGGCAAGAUUGAUGAAGAAUCUGAACGAGGAAUGGUCAGCACAAGCUAUCAAUAUAAAGAGUGUACAAAGACUAAACGUUGGGUUUUCAUAUUCCCCAUCACCCACGUGGACUGCAACAGUGAUCGAGGUGGAGACUCAUCAAACAGUGGAAGUUCCGGGAACAAUAAUGUGAAAAAUGUGAAUGUGCAAGGAGGAGACACCCAAUAUAUCGCAGCACUGACGAACAUGAAGCUCUCUGAACCGGACAAGAACUGGAAAAUGUACUCAAACUGGGCUGAGUCUGUUCGAUUCUUUCCAGAUGUCACAAAACAAACACUGCGGCCGCUGUCGGAGCUGGUGAAAGAGGUUCAGUGUGCUGGGGUGAAGAGACUCUACCUCCGUAGGGCCAUAGAGCAGUACCUGACUGAGAGCGACACCUGCCACUGCCGGCCCUGCAGCAACAAUGGCAUGGCUGUCAUGGCUGGAGAUGAAUGCAAAUGCAUCUGUAAGCCUGGCACAUCAGGACUGGCCUGUGAGCAGGGAAGUGAAGCGGAGGGUCAGCCGGGAGUGAUCCACGGCAGUUGGGCCUGCUGGUCAGCCUGGUCGGUGUGCAGUGGGGUUCGAAGAACAAGAAGACGUUCUUGCUCUAAUCCCACUCCUCGGAACGGGGGACAACAAUGUACCGGAGAACCCACUGAGGCGUCUGACUGUGAAGACCAAGACCUGCAACACUUAAAAGCCAUGGAGCCUCAUUGCUUUGACCAAACUCUCCCAGCAAGUCAGACGUGUGGAAACCCACCUGUUCUAAUCAACGGCUACAUCCUGGUCCCGAAGGACAUUUACCUUGUGGGUAGCACGGUUGAGUACACCUGUACUGGCAGUUAUUAUCUCGUUGGUGACAACAUCCUAGAAUGCACUGCUAAUCAAACCUGGUCUACCAUUCCUGGACCCUGCACAGUCUCCAGGUGUAACAUUCAGUCCCUCUCUGAUGACAUCACAGCCUCUCCUUUGCAGCAGGCCUAUGGCAUAGGGGACAUAGUCACCUUGUCCUGUCCAGCAGGUAGACAGCUACUAGGAGAACCAACCAUUAUAUGUGACCCCAGUCUGCAUUUUUCACCGGAUCCAGCUGACAUCAAAUGCAGCCCAGUAAGCACGCCACAACAACGCAGCUCUCCUGUCGUGCAAUGUCAACCAUGGGAGAAGUCUUCCAGAGGAAAAUGUGUUUGCAAAAUGCCUUUUGAGUGCAGUUCAUCUUUGGAGGUUUGUGGCACGAAUCCUGUGAAUAGAAAAACAGUCCUUCUGAAUGUCUGCAAAAUGCAAGCUCUGCAGUGUAUGGGGAAGAACUAUAUGAUAGCAGAGGACAGCACAUGCAAGUGGCCGGAGCGCAACACACCAAGCUGCACCGUGUGUCACAUGUGGGAGACCUGUGAUGAUCAAACCAACGAGUGUCGCUGCAGAGACUCUGCAGAUUGCUUGACCCUGGGAUUAAAUGUGUGCGUAAACGUUGGGGAGGAUGCAACCACAGUGUCGCAGACCAUGAGCGAGUGUGAAGCAGGACUACGGCGAUGUAAGGGAGAAAAGGUGUCAGUUGUCAGUAUCCUGCCUUGUGCUGCUGAAGAUGCAGCUUCGACCAUAUGACUUUAAAUCUCCACCUUCCUUUACACAUUAAUCCUCGAUAACACUCCUCAUAUGUUUCCAGUGAAAUAGUAUUGUGUCUAAUGUUACUGCUUCCCCAAAUUAUUAAAGAACACCGUUAUGAAUGUAUACAACCAUAAUGU